AUGGGCACCUCCUGCUUGGCUUGCGAUGACGCCGUUUUGCUCAAGUCGCCGUUCCGAGACACGCAGCGCAAGGAGCACAAUCUGGGCAUCACCCUCGGCAUCGCGCUGAGCGGCCAGGUGACCGCGAGCUCGUGGCAGCCCCUGCAGCUGCUGUUCGGGACGGCGCUGUCCUUCGCGCUCGGGAUCGAGGCGCCAUCGUUCAGGAAGCUCGCGGGCGUGGCCAUGGGCAUGCUGGGAGCCGCGCUCCUGGUGCUCGCGGACCCAAACAUCCGCGGCGCCCCCGCGCAGACCGCGGGGUCCCUCCUCGGCCACGCGGCCCUCUUCGCGAACACCUUCUCCUCCGGAGCCCUCUUCGUGAUCCGGAAGCGGCUGGUAGCGGGCGCCAGCGGGGGCGUCGAGCCGCUGGCACCGCUGUGCGCGGUGGCCUGGAUGCAUGUGCUGGCCCUCCCCCUCGUGGCCGCGCUGGGCGUCCUGGCGACUGCCGCCUCGGGCACGGAGGGCCUGGCCGGCGCGGUCGCCAGCGUCGCCACUCCCCCCGCGGACGACGCCGCCACCUGGGCGGCGCUGGCGUUCUACACGCUGGUGCCCUCGGUGGUCUGUCAGUCUGGGACGGCCUGGGCCGCCAAGGCGCUGGAGCCGUCCACCAUGGCGACGUACUCCGUCCUCAGCCGGCCAUGA